AUGGUCCGCAACGUGUGGGCCGACGACUUCAGAAGCUCUGGCUUCUACGUCGCGCCGGAGGGCCUCAUCUCGGGGUCCAUUUUCGUGAUCGGCAACAUUGUGGCCACCAUCUCGGUCAAGGCGUGUGGGCUGGGCAACUACUACACGGUGCAUCAGCUCUCCAACCUGGGCCUGACAUUCGCCAUUGGGGUCUAUGGCAAGAAUGUGGGCGUACAAGCAGAGCCUCCAAAGGAGAUCGGCCUGGCCUUCCUGGGUUUCGUCUUCGUGCUCCUGGGCAUGACGCCGGUCAUGUUCAUGGAGAAGGACGGCGCGAUGGCUGAGCCCAAAGAGAUGGCAAAAGCCACCCCUGUGAUGGCAGAGUUGCCGAUGGCUCACUCCAAGCGAUCCGUUACAGAUCUCUUCCACGAGACCGGCGCGAUCUCCGCAAUCCCUGAGCAUUCGGAGGUCGGAGUUUCUUCACGGCUUGCCGACAGGAUCACCCGCCCAGCGAAGCUGCUCAUCCCAGACUUUAGGGAGGUAAACUCUCUGACAUGGGACGGCACUCUUGGCCGGCCCCAGCUGCAUGACGAGCCGCUUUCGCCACCCCUGUCCUGCCUGGGCGAUAUGAGUAUGGUGGCGAAGGAGGUCUCGUCAGAGUACACCUCAAGCCAAAUCAGCCCAGCUGCGGAGCCCUUGCUUGCUCCCGAAGACGACGGCUUUCGGAAGUGGGUAGGCGGCUUGCUGCUCUCCCUGGUGGCUGGGGUCUUGUACUCGGCCAUGUAUGUGCCGCAGCUGCUGUGGAAGACACGGCUGCAACUGGAGGGCUACAAAGCCGACGGCAUCGAUUUCUUCUACUCCAUGACCGUGGGCGUGUACGUCACCUCCACGGCGUGGCUUCUUUGCGGCGGCGCGUAUCGAAAGUACCUUCGGCAAUCCAUGGAGAAGUCGGUCUUGAGACCCGCGCUGCUCUCGGGGCUUCUCUAUGGCUGUGCUGUCCUGUGCUUUCUCUAUGCCAUGAUGGUCUUGCCCUAUGCCAUCGGCUAUGCUCUGGGCUGCGGUGGCGGGCUGGCUGUGAGCCUCCUGUGGGGGGUCCUGGCCUUUGGCGAGGCUGGGAGACUCAAAGUGGGGGGAGACUCGGAGGCGAAGGGCCAAGAUGACCAGGCGGGCUUUGCCGCUGUGGACGUGUUCCAGCUGACCAAAGCUGCGUCCAAGCGGCUGCAGCGGAGCUGGAAAGAAGCCUUGGAGUUGCUACAGUGCGCUCCAGACAUCUCCGUGCAGCCCAACAUUGUGUGCUUCAAUGUUGCGCUCAACGCCUACAGUCGCAGCUCCUGGCGAUGGGCAUUGCAGCUUCUGGAAGCAGAGGAUCUGGACCUUGUGAGCUUCAACACCUCUGCGGCCUCGCUGGCGGGCGCCUUCGCUUGGGCCGGCGCCCUGGCGCUGCUGCGGCACGCGCUGCUCGGGCGCUUUCAGCCCGAUGUGGUAGGCCUCAGCACCGCCAUGAGCGCCUUCCAGGCGGCCAUGCACUGGCGCUCCGCCAUGGCUCGGCUCCUGGAGGACGCCGCGCGGCCCAACCACAUCGCCUACGCGGCGGCCAUGAGCGCCUGCGAAAAAGCGCACCGCUGGUACCCCGCACUGCAGCUCCUGCGGCACAUGCGCGGCGCGAAGCUGCGCCCGGACGCGGUGAACUACAAUGCGGCGCUCUCUGCUGCGGGCAAUGCCUCGCGCCGGAAGCUGGCCAUGCAGCUGCUGGACUGCAUGGCCGCAGAGAGGGCUUCGCCCACUUUGGUGUCCUUCAACGCCGCCAUCGCGGCCAACCGGGGGCACUGGCCGUUUGCUUUGUGGGCGCUCGGGAAGACGCCGGCGCCGGAUGUGGUCAGCUACGGCGCAGCCAUCAGCUCCUGUGAGCGCUGCGGCCAACCCUUCCGCGCACUGGGGCUGCUGAAGGUGAUGCGGCAGGCAAAGAUCCUGCCCAACGAGGUGUGCUGCAGCGCCGCUGUGAGUGCCUGUGAGAAGGUGGGCGUUUGGCGACCGGCCCUGGGCCCAGUGAGAAGCGGGGGGUGUGCGGAGCCGGUGCCGGGCGCGGAGCGGAAGAGCGAGUGGCGGAGCCAGCUGCUGGGCGUUUGGGGCUCGGUGGUGGCGCUGUGGACGGGCCUGGACUGCGCGCUGGACAGCGGGGUCCACCCCUUGGAAGACCCGAUGAGCAUCGUGAAGAUCGCGUUGCCCACCGCCCUUCUGGUGGCUCCAGGUGCGGCCAUCGCCGCCUGCGCGCGCCUCACGCCGAAGCCGAAGGAGUUGGCGCAGGAAGGUGCGACGGCGGUCUUUCUUGGGGACAGCCUCACGCAGGGGACGGUGUCGGCCAACGUCCUUGAGGUGUUAGCCGAACGCUGCAGACGCCGGCAGGCCCCUGCUCACUUGGUGAACAUGGGCCUGAACUUCCGCGCGCUCAGUGACCUCACCCCCGAGCUGCUGUCGGAAGCCAAGGCCUUUACACCGAGCCACGGCAUCGUCCUGCAGCUGGGCUCCAACGAUUUGAUCCGCUACAGCGCGACGCCUUCCUUUCUCCGGAGCCCAGAGGAGCAGUGGUUGGAGAGCUACGCCCAGAGGCUGCGGGAGGCCGUGCAAAGACUUCUGCCGGAGAAGGUGGUCUUGGUGUCACCUCCGCCGCUCGGGGAGGACGUGUCCUCCUUCGAGGGCCGCCUGGGUGCUGCGAUGGCGCGCCGCGCGGCAAAAGCUGCGAAGGAGCUUGACUGUGGCUACGUACCCCUCUUUGAGACCUGCGUCGCCCAGCUCGGCCAAGGGAGGCCUUACAAGCUGAGCGAGUUCCUCCUGCAGCUUUGUGCGCUGCCCUGGCAGCUGUACCUCUUUGGCCGGUCCCUGGAGGAAAUUCAGAGGAAGCAGGGCCUGAAGUUGACAGUGGAUUUGGUGCACUACGGGCCCCGCUAUGCGGAGAUGGCUGCAGAGCUGCUUGAGGCUGUUGCAGUACUCUUCGGCAUGGCCUUCCAACGCAUCCCCACCUGCGCCAUUAGUUGGAAUGCAGCCAUCAGCGCCUGUGAGAAAGGACGGCGCUGGAGAAGGGCGUUGGACCUCCUGGUGAAGACAAGCGACCGGGAUGCAAUCAGUUACCGUGCUGCUAUCACAGCGGCAUGCCACCACGCGCAGUGGAUUCAAGCGCUGCUUCUCCUGCGAGAUUUGGAGGAGCUAAGCCUGGAGGCCGGUGCCCAGGCCUGUGGCUUCCUGUGCCUCGGCGAUACGUCCGGGUUUGGCAGGAUCAACGCCUGCGAGGGUCGGUCCAAGGGAAGCUGCCUGGGCUUCCUUUGGGACCUCAGCGCCGUGGAGAGGCCGACGCCCCUCACCUCCUUCCGUCACCGGGGCAAUGCGGCGGUGAACUUCUUUGUGGUCCUGAGCGGCUUCAUGACGCAGUGGGCCUACGGCGGCCGUGUGGAAAAGCUGUCCGAAGUCAGGAGCUUCUACCUCCGCCGUGUGGGGCGGGUGGUUUUGACUACCUGGCUGUCGAUGAUGCUGGGGUUGGUGGUGGUGCUGGUGCAAAGUCACGGCAACCCGCUGGACUGGUGGCACGUACUUCGCUGCUUUUGUUUUGUGGAGACGUGGCGGGAUCCCAUGGACUGGUGUCCCAACGGUCAAACCUGGACCGUGGCGGCUUUGUUGCCGUCCUGGCUGCUGUUCCCACUGACGCGGCGCUUCUUCGCCCAGGUAGAAUAUGCCUUUGGUGAUGCGGGGCUGCUGGCCGCUGCGCUGGUGCUUUAUGCCAUCUCGGCAGGACCCAUGCUGCUGCUGUUCCUGCAGCAGGGCGAUAUCCCCUACAGGAUAGGCUUCUGGAACCAGACCUGGCCACCUGCAACGCUUUGCGACUUUGCACUAGGCGUGGUCGCAGCUAUGGCAUCUCAAAGGCAUGGCGCUUGGGCGAAGCUGCCGCGCGACCUGCUGGCUGACGUGUCGCUGCUAGCUGCGGUCCUGACGUUGCUGGUGCCCUCCAGUGGCUACCGCACAGGUUGGGAGCCGCUCUUCAAUCACGGCUGCUCCCUGCUCUUCGCCGCCCACAUGUAUGGCUCGUCCAUUGCAGGCACCGGCUCCCUGACGGCCGGCUUUUUGAGCUUCCCGGCACUCGUGGCCUUGGGUGAGUACAGCUUUGAAGUGUACUUGUUCCAGUAUCCCGUGCAUGAAAUCUUUGUCGCCAUGGCAGAUAUCACUCACACGUUUGGGAUGAAGAUCCAUGGCAAGAAUGCCAACUCCCAAGGAUUCAUGACCUUCUUCCUGGUGCUUUGGCUGGUCUCGGGGCUGUACGCGGAGCACGUGGAGAAGCGGUUGAUCCGCUGGCUCCGUGCAAAGUCAGAGGAGUUCUCAGGUGGCAGACCUGCCCUGGAGCAACAGCCCUUGACAUGA